AGCGUGCCUCGGAGCCAAUAACUUAGCGGCAGGGCCAGGCGCCGUCCAGUAAUUUUUCCCGGCGCCUCCAAUCACCCUGGACCCCGCCCCAGCGCGUGACGUAAGUAGGGUGGGUAGCAACAGUUGCCCCGGUGAGGGAAACGGAGGCGCCAUAGCCACGGUAGUCGUGGCGACCAAGCAACCCGGCAACGCGAGUCAACAACAACAACCGCCCGGCCGACCCCCACCCCCACCCCCCCGGCCAGGCCCGGGGACCCCGGCACGUUCUGUCCCCCUCCCAACAUCGCCUCCGAGACCUCUGGAAAGCCCUUCCGCGGACAGAAGUGGGGAGAAGCCGAGCAAGCAAAAAAAAAAAAAAAAAAAAAAAAAAGGCCUUAUUUAUUAUCAUUUUCCCCACUGUUGGCAUGGCAACACAGGCGUAUGUUACCGAGCUACAGGCAGCCCCGCAACCAUCCCAGCCGCCACAGGCCCCUCCACAGGCCCAGCCCCAGCCGCCGCCCCCACCCUCAGCAGCACCCCAACCCCCCCAGCCCCCAGCCACCGCCGCCACCCCCCAGCCCCAAUAUGUCACCGAGCUGCAGAACCCCCAGCCCCAGACACAGCCACCGGGCAGCCAGAAGCAGUACGUGACAGAGCUUCCGGCCGCCCCCACGCCCUCGCAGCCGGCCGGCGCACCCGCCCCGUCCCCAGCAUCCCAGCAGUACAUCGUGGUCACCGUCUCUGGAGCGAGCCCGUCCCCAGAAGGGUUGCUGGACGAUGCUUCCUUGAUUUGUUCUGAGGAAGAGGAGGUUGACUUGUGCCGUUGUCACCAAACUUGCUGCUCCAUUGACCACCCCCCAUCCCCUUGCAGUGAUUUCCCAGGGUUCCCCCAUAACCCUCCCCCAGAAGGUGCCAUGCGGGCCAGCGAGACUGUGUCAGAGGCCAGCCCAGGCUCCACGGCCAGCCAGACUGGAGUCCCCACUCAGGUGGUUCAGCAGGUGCAGGGCACCCAGCAGCGGCUGCUGGUCCAGACAAGUGUGCAGGCCAAGCCUGGCCACGUGUCACCCCUCCAGCUCACCAACAUCCCAGUGCCGCAGCAGGCUCUCCCUACGCAGCGUCUGGUGGUGCAGAGCACAGCCCCGGGCGGCAAGGGUGGCCAGGUCUCCCUGACGGUGCAUGGCACCCAGCAGGUGCACUCGCCCCCUGAGCGGUCGCCGGUGCAGGCCAAUAGCUCCUCCAGCAAGACGGCUGGGGCUCCCACGGGCACGGUGUCGCAGCAGCUGCAAGUCCACAGUGUCCCGCAGAGUGUCCCCGUCACCCAAGAGAGGUCUGUGGUCCAGGCCACUCCACAGGUGCCCAAAGCUGGCCCCGUGCAGCAGCUCACAGUGCAAGGGCUCCAGCCAGUCCAUGUGGCUCAAGAGGUGCAGCAGCUCCAGCAGGUGCCAGUCCCACAUGUGUACUCCAGCCAAGUGCAGUAUGUGGAGGGCGGCGAUGCCAGUUACACGGCCAGCGCCAUCCGCUCCAGCACCUACCCCUACCCCGAAACGCCGCUGUACACGCAGACCGCCAGCACCAGCUACUACGAGGCCGCGGGCACAGCUGCCCAGGUCAGCACUCCUGCCACCUCCCAGGCGGUGGCCAGCAGUGGCUCUGUGCCCAUGUACGUGUCCGGCAGCCAGGUGGUCGCCAGCUCCACCAGCAGUGGGAGUGGGGCCAGCAACAGCAGCGGUGGUGGCGGUGGCAGUGGCGGCGGGGGAGGCGGUGGUGGGGGCGGCGGCGGCGGCAGCAGCAGUGGCAGCGGAGCAGGCACCUACGUGAUCCAAGGCGGCUACAUGCUGGGCAGUGCCAGCCAGUCCUACUCUCACACCACCCGUGCCUCACCAGCCACUGUCCAGUGGCUUCUGGACAACUACGAGACGGCUGAGGGCGUGAGCCUGCCACGGAGCACCCUCUACUGCCACUACCUGCUGCACUGCCAGGAGCAGAAGCUGGAGCCUGUCAACGCCGCGUCCUUCGGCAAGCUCAUCCGCUCAGUCUUCAUGGGCCUGCGCACCCGACGUCUCGGUACCAGGGGCAACUCUAAGUACCACUACUACGGCCUGCGCAUCAAGGCCAGCUCUCCCCUGCUGCGGCUGAUGGAAGACCAGCAGCACAUGGCUAUGCGGGGCCAACCCUUCUCACAGAAGCAGAGGCUCAAACCCAUUCAGAAAAUGGAGGGCAUGACCAACGGUGUGGCCGUGGGCCCACAGCAGGCCACUGGGCUGUCGGACAUCAGUGCCCAGGUCCAGCAGUACCAGCAGUUUCUGGAUGCCUCAAGGAGCCUCCCUGACUUCUCAGAGCUUGACCUCCAGGGCAAAGUGCUGCCCGAGGGCGUCGGGCCUGGAGACAUCAAGGCCUUCCAGGUCCUGUACCGGGAACACUGUGAGGCCAUCGUCGAUGUCAUGGUGAACCUGCAGUUCACCCUGGUGGAGACACUGUGGAAAACCUUCUGGAGGUACAACCUCAGCCAGCCCAGCGAGGCGCCGCCGCUGGCUGUGCACGAUGAGGCUGAGAAGCGGCUGCCAAAGGCCAUCCUGGUGCUCCUCUCCAAAUUCGAGCCUGUGCUCCAGUGGACCAAGCACUGUGACAACGUGCUGUACCAGGGCCUGGUGGAGAUCCUCAUCCCUGAUGUGCUACGGCCCAUCCCCAGUGCCUUGACCCAAGCGAUCCGGAACUUUGCCAAGAGCCUGGAGAGCUGGCUCACCCAUGCCAUGGUGAACAUACCCGAGGAGAUGCUGCGGGUGAAGGUGGCAGCGGCCGGCGCCUUCGCGCAGACACUGCGGCGCUACACGUCGCUCAACCACUUGGCGCAGGCGGCGCGCGCUGUGCUGCAGAACACCGCGCAGAUCAACCAGAUGCUGAGCGAUCUCAACCGUGUGGACUUCGCCAACGUGCAGGAGCAGGCCUCAUGGGUGUGCCGCUGCGAGGACCGCGUGGUGCAGCGGCUAGAGCAGGACUUCAAAGUGACGCUGCAGCAGCAGAAUUCACUGGAGCAGUGGGCAGCCUGGCUGGACGGCGUCGUGAGCCAGGUGCUCAAGCCAUACCAGGGCAGCGCCGGCUUCCCCAAGGCCGCUAAGCUCUUCCUCCUCAAGUGGUCCUUCUACAGCUCCAUGGUGAUCCGGGACCUGACCCUGCGCAGCGCCGCCAGCUUCGGCUCCUUCCACCUCAUCCGCCUGCUCUACGAUGAGUACAUGUACUACCUGAUCGAGCAUCGCGUAGCCCAGGCCAAGGGCGAGACCCCCAUCGCCGUCAUGGGCGAGUUCGCCAACCUGGCUACCUCCCUGAACUCCUUGGACCCGGACAAAGACGAGGAGGAGGAAGAGGAGGACGAGAGCGAGGAUGAGCUGCCGCAGGACAUCUCGCUCGCGGCCGGCGGCGAGUCGCCCGCGCUGGGCCCCGAGGCUCUGGAGCCACCGGCCAAGCUGGCGCGGACGGACGCGCGCGGCCUCUUCGUGCAAGCGCUGCCCUCCAGCUAAGACCGCGGCCUCCCCCCGCCCCGCCCGCCCACCCUACCCCGCCGCCUCUCCUCGCCAGGGUCCCUCACAGCUUCUGUGGCUUCGCUGUCACCGCUCCAGUUUCGGCCAGGGCCAGGAGGGGGCCUCCGAGACAGGGAAGGCAAGGGGGUCCCCGCCCCCUAUGGGGCCGCACAAUCACAGGGCCGGGCGGAGCCGCAGCUGCAAACUCUGACACAAAAGACGUGCCUUAAGGAACCCGCCGCCGUGCCCAGGUGCCCCCUGGGGCAGCCAGCUUGGCCCCUUGGCCCGAAGGCCACAACAUCUCCCUCCCCUCCCCCACCACCCCAGGGGGCAGGCAGGCAGGCCCCCUCCCUUGCGGAACUGUUAACUUAUUCAGCUCGCUGGCUUUGCACAGCCUGUCCUGGGCCCAGCCCUGAGCCCCGGGUGGGCACAGGUGGGCAUCACCUGGGGACCCGUCACUGUCAGCAGCAGUCCUGGGACCCCUCCCCCAGCAACCCCACCGCUUCCCCCUUCUUGGUAUAAGUGCAAUUAAAGCCGUGGGUGUCGCAUCUUCUCCAGAGCUAGGCCCUCUCUUGCCCCACAGCCCUAGAGCGGGGCACUGCCUGGCCUGGAUAGGGGAAGGGCAGCAGGGGCACUGCCUCCAGCUUCCAAAGAGCAGCAGGCUGGACCGGGCAACGGAGCCCGGAGGGGCCUGCUGCGGGCAGCGGGCCUGCUCCAAGUGCCCGUGCCUGCCCCAGCCAGGGCCGGGUACUCCGCUUGAUCAGAUCCAAGACCCUGAGUCCUGGGCCCUCCUCGCCGCUGGUUUGUAAUGGAACCUCCAUGCUCCUACUCCCCCUGGAGACCUUGCUUCUCCUCCGUGCGUGCGACCCUGCCCCCCACAUGACUAUUGUGCGAUUUGUGAGCGCCGCCUGAGCGGAGUUGGUAACUUGUUGGGUUUUUUUCCAACCAUCAUGGCCUUAUCUGUUCCGGUUUUCUCAGUGUUUUCAACCUGUGAGAUAGAUGUUUCUGGCAAAAAGCGGAAAAAAAAAGGAAAAAAGAAAAAAAAAAGAAAAACCUGACCUAUUGUAUAAAAAUCACUAUUUUGUGUGCUCCGUGUGCUACAGCUUUUGGGGUGGCUUGUCCACUCCCCCUCCCUACCCCUCGGGGCCUCCCCUCCCCUGGCGGUGAAAGUGUCCACAUGUGUGGUAGUCUAGUGUGCCGAGCUGUUUUCUACCUUUUUGUAGUCUUUCUUAAAACACAAUAAAUUCCGCUGUGAUA